AUGCGGUUGCCCCCUCGCAACCCCCGAAACCACUCGCACCAACAGCGCGUGCUGCCGCGCUGCUUCACCGAGGUCAUGCUGCGCAUCGCCAACCCGGCGCGCCAGCUGGCACCCAGCUUAUUUGUCAACGGCGAGAAGGGCUCCAAAGCCUUUGACAUGUUCCAGGCCGAGAUGCGCGUACUGCUGGACGAGAUGAAGCGCCGCGGGCCCCCGCCAUCGGGCGACCAUGACAUCGCGUCGCAGCUGUACCGCGCCAUGGCGGAGCACCACGAGAUUACUGAGGACCGCGUGCUGAGUGAGAUAGGCAUCUUGUUUGUGGAGGGCUUUGAGACGACAGCCCCCGACUUCCUCUUCACCCUGCCCCUCACACCCCCCCCCCCCGACCCGGCCAGGCCACACGACGGCGUGGACGCUGCUCCACGCCGCACGUGCCCCGGCGUCCAGGACCGCGUGGCGGAGGAGCUUGACGCCCUCGGCCUGCUGGCAAAGCCCGGCUGCCCGCCGCCCCGCGAGAUGGAGUUUGAGGACCUCAGGAAGCUGCCCUACCUGGUGGCCGUGGCCAAGGAGGCGAUGCGCGUCCUGCCCGUCGUGUCCAUCAUGGGCCGCGUCACCGAAAGGCUCGUCAGGAUCGGGAAGUUCACGGUCCCGCCAGGCGUGGUGGUGAGCACGCCGCUGUACGCGAUCCACAACACAAAGCACAACUGGGAGGCGCCGCAGGAGUUCCGGCCAGAGAGGUGGCUGGACGUGCCGGUGGAGACGUUUGUCUACAACUCCCAGGCGGACGCGUCCUCGACAAGCGGCGCCGGCUUUGCGCCGGGCAACAAGCUGGCGGCGGCGGCAGCGGCGGCGGCGAGCAGGGAGGGGAUCACCUUCAUGCCGUUCAGCGACGGACCGAGGUCGUGCGUGGGGCAGAGCCUGGCCAAGGCGGAGGUCAUUACGCUCCUGGCCAAGAUUCUGGGAAGCUUCACAAUCACGCUGGCCCCCGAGAUGGGCGGCUUGCAGGGAGUCCUGGCCCGCGAGAGCACACACCUCACACUGCAGACGCGCGGCACCAAGGGCAUCCGCAUGCACAUGACGCCCCGCAGCGAGGCCGUCGCCGGCGGCGCCGUGUGCGCGCCCGCGUGCGCGUGA